AUGUCGGGUGGUCUCUUUGGCGAAGCUGCUGCUCCGGCCGCGCCCAAGGAAGAAGAGCGCCGCACGAAGUUGUAUGGCUAUGACAGCGUCGCAAGCCAGAUGCUGGAGCCUUACGGCGAAGGCGCAUUGGACACGUUAUCCCUAGAGCAAAUUUGGCAAGGAACGGUUAAAGGCAACAAACGGACGGCCUAUCACAGCCAUUUGGCUGCUGAUCAAAGCUCCGACGGCUGGCAUGUUGGAGCCGGCAUUUCCAUGACCUCUGCGGCCUUGCUUGCCGCAAUCAAGAACUUCAAAGGCGAAGACAUGAAGAACUUGAUUCGGCCCGACCUCUAUGAAAAGGUGCUCGAAGAGGUGACGAUGUUGGAGCCUGUUCUACUGGCCCUCAACUUCGGCAGAGGCUCCGCUGCUACCCGCGACACUGGGUCAUUCCGAGAAGCUAAAAAGGCCAAGCUCACGGUUUCCGGCAACGUCACCGAGAAUUCCGGCAACAUGGAUCCUUUGAAAGCUGCGGGCGACUUCAGAACCUGGCUGGUCAAGGAAAGAUCACCGUUUCGAAGCCUGCUGUUCAUCCUCUCGGGCAACAACUCUUACUACAGCGGGCACACCGCCGAGCUUGUGGCUCGAGCAGCGGUCAAGGUGAAGCCGAUGACCGAGCAAGAUUUCAUUGAGGCAGUGAAAGCCCGAAUGACUAAACCGGAUCAGACUCAGGGCAGCAAGGCAGCGUCCUCAGAUGGUACUGGCCUCUUCAAUGCCUGCGGUGGUUUUCGAUUGGCAAUCAGCGAGCAGAAUUUCAAAGAGUUAACUCCUUGUUGCUCGAUGCAUGUCCAUGCAGCAUUGUUAGAAAACAUAUGUAUGCGCCAGACUUUUCUGUGCUACAAGCAACCAUUGCUCUUAACCUCGGUAAUUGCUAUGGCCUUCGACAUGAAGUUGAUCAAUGUCGGGAACAGCUGCUUCAUCAACGCUGGGCUGCAGGCGGUUCUUGCUCUUCCUGGGUUCGAGUCGUUGCGACCGACGACGGCAACAGAAAGAGCUUUGUUGGAGGUGUGGUCUUCGGCAUUGGCGUUGGUGGGUGCGAGCACUCCGCAAGCCGUCAAUGAUUUGUACUACCAGGGGCGCCAGGAAGAUUGCAUGGAGUUCCUGGGCGAGCUGGUCGCGGACUGUCCGACGGUUCACACGAAACUUCAAGGCAGGGAACGAGGUCAUCUCGGGUGUGCAUUCUGCGAUUAUCGUCGGCCUCUUCCGGCGGAGAACUUCCUGACGCUGCAGCUCGCUCUUCUGGAUGAUGAUCGGCGGCUUUGUUCGGUGCAGGCAGCGGUGGAUUCCUAUCUUGCCCAGAACAUCUUGCAAGAGGACAUCGUUCAUUGGGAGUGUGGGAAUCCGACUUGCAUCGAAGCCGGAACAGCUCGUCAUGCCCCUCGUCGCUCUAGCCAGGUGGAAGCAUGGCCCGAGAACUUGAUCAUCCAGCUGAAGAGAUGGGACGUGCUGCAUGGACUUCUCAACCACGAGGUGUUCGUGGACAAAGAGCUUCGAGUAAAGGAAGAUGUCCGGUAUACACUUCGUGCAGUUGUUUGUCAUCUAGGAGAAACAGCAUCCAGCGGUCACUAUGUGACUUAUCGACCUAACGAGAGGAACUUUGUCAGGUUGGACGAUGCACGAGUUUCCGAAAUCGAUCACAACCCGGGUCAGAUGCCUACGAGUGCAAGAGAAAAGACUUACAUCGUUUGCUACGCUCGCCUGGAGGGUGUGCUUCCUGUUCCUGUGCUGCCGAUGAAGCGACCUGCCAUUGACUUGGAUCCGUCCGAGGACUUUGAUGACAGUGGUUUUGUCGUGGUCGGGACCGCGCCUGAAGCGAAAUCGGGCGGCAAUCCGGGCGCAGGUACGCAGGGAGACAGUCAGCCUCUUGGGAAAGCGCCAGCCAAGCGAGUUUGCACGGAACUAGGCUCGGAGGUUGGGUUGCAGCAUGGUGGCAAGGCAAUGUCCGACAACUUCGGCAACUACACGGAAGAGUGCCGGAACAUCAUCCUAGAAGCCUUGCGGACAAGUGAAACUUUCGCGGCGGCAUUAGCUUCUAUCCAGCGGCAAAUUCCACAUUUUACGCUAACUCGAGCUAAUUGCCAGUUCCGACUUCAUCGAAACACUCUUUUGGCUUGGUUUCGGCGGCCGGAAUUGGCGGCAAUCCGAGCUUUGCAUAGUGAGCCUCUUGGGAAAGCGCCAGCCAAGCGAGUUUGCACGGAAGUAGGCUCGGAGGUUGAGUUGCAGCAUGGUGGCAAGGCAAUGUCCGACAACUUCGGCAACUACACGGAAGAGUGCCGGAACAUCAUCCUAGAAGCCUUGCGGACAAGUGAAACUUUCGCGGCGGCAUUAGCUUCUAUCCAGCGGCAAAUUCCACAUUUUACGCUAACUCGACCUAAUUGCCAGUUCCGACUUCAUCGAAACACUCUUUUGGCUUGGUUUCGGCGGCCGGAAUUGGCGGCAAUCCGCGGUGGUUUUCGAUUGGCAAUCAGCGAGCAGAAUUUCAAAGAGUUAAUGUCGGGUGGUCUCUUUGGCGAAGCUGCUGCUCCGGCCGCGCCCAAGGAGGAAGAGCGCCGCACGAAGUUGUAUGGCUAUGACAGCGUCGCAAGCCAGAUGCUGGAGCCUUACGGCGAAGGCGCAUUGGACACGUUAUCCCUAGAGCAAAUUUGGCAAGGAACGGUUAAAGGCAACAAACGGACGGCCUAUCACAGCCAUUUGGCUGCUGAUCAAAGCUCCGACGGCUGGCAUGUUGGAGCCGGCAUUUCCAUGACCUCUGCGGCCUUGCUUGCCGCAAUCAAGAACUUUAAAAGCGAAGACAUGAAGAACUUGAUUCGGCCCGACCUCUAUGAAAAGGUGCUCGAAGAGGUGACGAUGUUGGAGCCUGUUCUACUGGCCCUCAACUUCGGCAGAGGCUCCGCUGCUACCCGCGACACUGGGUCAUUCCGAGAAGCUAAAAAGGCCAAGCUCACGGUUUCCGGCAACGUCACCGAGAAUUCCGGCAACAUGGAUCCUUUGAAAGCUGCGGGCGACUUCAGAACCUGGCUGGUCAAGGAAAGGUCACCGUUUCGAAGCCUGCUGUUCAUCCUCUCGGGCAACAACUCUUACUACAGCGGGCACACCGCCGAGCUUGUGGCUCGAGCAGCGGUCAAGGUGAAGCCGAUGACCGAGCAAGAUUUCAUUGAGGCAGUGAAAGCCCGAAUGACUAAACCGGAUCAGACUCAGGGCAGCAAGGCAGCGUCCUCAGAUGGUACUGGCCUCUUCAAUGCCUGA